CAUUAAUUUAGAAUUUUUUCCCUUUAACCAAAAAAAUGGAAAUACCUGAGCCCGAGCGAGAGCGAGAUAAAAGAGAGCCAAAACCCACACCGAAAAUCCCUUACCUAAAGAAAACCUAUGGACAAAGAUAAACACGCAUCCAAACGAUCCCGAGACCGCGACGGCAGGCACCACCGUGACUCCGAUCGUCACCACAACGACCGCGAUUCUCAUCGCCGGUCGGAUCAUAGAUCUUCCACAUCGCGCCGUGACGAGCGCGAGAGAUCUUUCGAGAGGGAAGGUUCGAGAGAUAGGAAACAUCGUGAGGGUUCCUACGAGGAAUUCGAAGCAAGGAAGAAGAGGAAAGAGAGGGAGGAGAGUGAGGAGAGAGGGGAGAAGAGGAGUAAACUGGGAGAAGAAAACAGAAAGGAAAAGAGAGAGAGGAGGAGAUUUGGGGAUAAGGCUAAAGAAGAUGAUGAAAUCGAGUUAUUCAAUGGCGCCAGUGGUGGUGAUCCAGUUCACAAUAUUUUUUUCCUAGUUCUUUCUUUGGGCUGCUGGGUUCUUCAGUUUUUGUCUGCAGGAGUCAUAGUUGUUACCUUCUUACAUUUACUGCUAAUUCAAGGAUGCUGCUCAGGCAUCAUUACCGAAGACUGGUCACCCCCUUCCUACCAAGAUGGCUCUUCAUCUAUUGGGAAAAGUGGUGCAAACUUCUCUCUUGAUGCCUUAGCCAAAGCAAAAAAGGCUUUACAAAUGCAGAAAGAAUUAGCUGAGAAAAUGAAGAAGAUACCCAUCUUGAAUAGAGGCCCUAACUCAAGUUCAGUAGUGGCAACCGGAACAGUUCAGCGACCAGCCUCGUCUGUGACUACAGCCAAUGCCACUGGACCAUCAAGCUCAUCAGCCGAACCUGCCACUGCACCGGUGGUUUCUUCAAAGCCACCCACUACUGGUGUGGCUGCUGUUCCGGGCCUUGCAUCAAUACCCAAUUUAGAAGCUGUUAAACGUGCUCAAGAGCUGGCUGCUGAGAUGGGAUUCCGCCAGUUUGCUCCUCUAAUAAACAUGUUUCCUGGACAGGUGCAAGUAGAUGUUCCAGUUGCUCAGAAACCUACUAAGGCACCUGUUCUACGAGUUGAUGCACUCGGUAGGGAAAUUGACGAACAUGGUAAUAUAAUAAACGUGACUAAACCAAGUAAUCUUAGCACCCUCAAGGUCAACAUUAACAAGCAAAAGAAAGAUGCAUUCCAGAUACUUAAACCUGAGCUAGAGGUGGAUCCGGAAUCAAAUCCACAUUUUGAUGAGCGGAUGGGAAUCAAUAAGAAUAAGCUUCUUAGACCAAAAAGGAUGAGUUUUCAGUUCGUAGAGGAAGGAAAAUGGUCAAAAGAUGCGGAGAUCAUCAAAUUGAAGAGUCAAUUUGGAGAAGCAAAAGCGAAAGAGCUUAAAGCAAAGCAAGCACAAUUGGCAAAGGCAAAGGCGGAUAUAAAUCCCAAUUUAAUUGAGGUGUCAGAAAGAAUUAUAACAAAAGAGAAACCAAAAGACCCGAUUCCUGAAAUAGAGUGGUGGGAUUUGCCUCUUCUUGUCUCGGGUUCCUAUGAUGACAUCGCUGAUGGUGUGCUGAGUGUAGAUAAACUGAAGGAGAAGAAGAUCACGAUUUAUGUUGAGCAUCCUCGCCCAAUUGAGCCUCCUGCUGAGCCAGCUCCACCACCGCCUCAGCCCCUGAAGCUAACCAAGAAGGAGCAGAAGAAGCUUCGGACUCAGCGACGUUUGGCCCGGGAAAAGGAUAAACAGGAGAUGAUUAGACAAGGCCUGAUAGAACCCCCCAAACCAAAAGUUAAGUUGAGCAACUUAAUGAAAGUUUUAGGCUCUGAAGCAACUCAAGAUCCCACUAAACUUGAAAUGGAAAUCCGAAGUGCUGCUGCUGAGCGGGAACAGGCUCACGUAGACAGAAACAUUGCUCGCAAGCUUACCCCUGCUGAACGCCGUGAAAAGAAAGAGAGAAAGCUUUUUGACGACCCGAAUACAGUGGAAACAAUCGUUUCAGUUUACCGGGUCAAUGAUCUCUCACAUCCCAAGACCCGCUUCAAAGUUGAUGUUAAUGCCCAAGAAAACCGUUUGACUGGUUGUGCCGUGAUCUCGGAGGGCAUUAGUGUUGUAGUUGUGGAAGGCGGAAGCAAAUCCAUUAAGAGGUACGGGAAGCUUAUGCUUCGGCGAAUUAAUUGGGCUGAAGCUGUAAAUGAAACCGGUGAUAGAGACGAAGAUGACGACGAAGAGAAACCGCCUAACAAGUGUGUGUUAGUUUGGCAAGGCAGCGUUGCUAAAUCAAGUUUCAACAGGUUCUCGGUUCACGAGUGCAUCACCGAAGCAGCUGCGAGAAAGGUAUUUUCUGAUGCGGGCGUCGGCCAUUACUGGGACCUUGUAGUUAAUUUCUCCGAGAAUGAUUUUUGAUUUCCU